CCCUCUCCCAGCCCUGCCGCUGCAACAUUUAUUGCAAAAGCAGGAAAUUGCUUAUUACUAAACUAGCUGGCAAGGGAGCGGGAGCCGAUGCUGUUCCACACUGGCACAGCACUUGCUUAGCUGCUGCUUUCCCUGCCUCUCCUUGUUCCGCUCUUUCUUCUUCUUCUUCCCCCUCUUUCUCUCUCCUCUCUCUCUCUCUCCUCUUCUUUUUUUCAUUUUGGCUUCUAUUCAAAUGUGGGUCAGGGGUGAGCGGCUCCCAACGUCACAAGCUUGCAAGAUGGCGCUGGGAGGAAGGCUGUGAGAUGAGGAACAGGCUGGUAUAAACCGAGAGGACAGGAGAGGGAGAGGAGGAGGAGAGGGGCAGGGGAAGCCAAGCUGCUGCUCCAGAUGCAAUAAGAAGCGCCUGGUUCUCCAUUCUGCAUCCGUGCAGCCACGUUCUAUUGAUGGCCUGUUGUGAUUUCAAUGGAACAUCAUGGGAUGUACCUGGCACGUCGGGCAGCACUGGAUGGAGGUGCCUUUAGCCCAAUGUACCUGGCAUGGUAAGCGGCAACCAAGUGGUUAAUCUGCAUUCUACUGCUCGUAGUCUCAGCUUGUAUAGCAAGGUGUUCCUGCUUUGCUGCAGCCUUGCAAUGACUGGAAAUCACUUUGCUCUCCUGAUGUUAGUGCUUUCAUGCACAUAGGGCCCCUACCCCUUUCACCCAUGGCGAUUCCCCUUCCCUGUACAGUUUACCAUGCAGUAGGGAAGGGACUAGCCAUGUCAGGCUCUGCUUGCUCUUCUAGGACAGGAAAGAGAAGGGACUGGGGACAUCAUCUGACUCUUUAUCUUCUCUCCUUUUUGGGCCAGGAGCUGGGAGCAGUUGAGCAUGUAUUGCCCACGUACCAAAUGUCCAAACGUUGCCGCACAAGGGUACCAAACAGGUGCUUGUGUCCAUAAGCAAAACUACUCCAUUUCUGUGGGAGUCCUGCAAGAGCUGCUUCAGGGAGCCAGGAGGGCAGUUCUGCCUGGCACUAAUUGGAAUGUAACAAACUAAAUAAGGGCCACUUUAAGUUUGCUGAUGUGGUAUCCUCUGUGAAAUAAUCCUCCAUUCUCCUCCUUUCCAUGUCCACAAUUGCAACAACAGCUGUGCAUCCUGCUCUGCCUUGCAUGUCGCUUUCUCUCCCUUGCCCAGCUCUGCAGACCUCUUUCCGAGUAACUUGACAUGUUGUUCUUACCUAUUUUGAAGUGUGAGAUAUUUCUGUGUGAAAACAAGGGUGCUGCAUCCUGUUUUCUGCUUGAGAUCACCCCAAAGAGCUUUUGCUGCUCCACUGCCAAUGAUGAAAAAGUGCAUGUUCUUGCCUCUGCUUCCACAUUCUGCUGUCUGCCUGCUCGCAGGGGAUGGGGAUAGGGAACCAUGUGAGCUAACACAGUUCAUUCAUUCCUCUGUCUGCCUCUGCUGCUCUGGAAUGUGAAUACGUUUACAAGGCAUGGGCUAAUGACCUGCCAACUGCAGCUCCUAGGGGGAAGGUUAGCAGCCAUGAAAGACCACCUCACUGAUACCUCAGGAGAGUAAUGGAAAUAAGCUCUGUUGGGAUGUGGGGAGAGGAAGACCAGAUGAGCCAGUGAGCAACAGGAAAGCUCUUCCCACUGGGGUCUUCCACGCAGUGUUCUAAAACAGUUAGUUCCUCUGAAACUGAAGGGUGAAAAAGUGAUCUGUUUCAGAUUCACCCAGAUCCAGUAGUACAUGGACACAGUAUUUUUAAUGUUAGAAGGAAAUUGGUGGGAAGAGCGACAUAGUAAACGUGUGAUUUUGUUUUGUCUUGUUCUUCCCCAUGCUCACUACUGCAGUGUCUGCUCGGUGCAGCAGAACUGCUUGGAAAGGCAGAGAUAUAAGUAAGCAGGCCACUAUCUUGUCCUAAGUAUAUUAUAACAUGCACAGUAGGCUAGUGCUUUAAUGGCAUCUAAUUUGAUACAUCACAUCUAAUCUGUUUGUUGGUUUUUAUCUGCAGUACGGUUAGUGCACUGCUCAGGUGCUCGGUGUCUAGCCUUCUCAUCCAUCCACAAAUCCUCUACGUGAAAUGAGUGAUUCCUUAGAUCUGUUUUUGAUUGAUUCUUUGCUUCACUGGUGUUGCUUCUUAAAAGGUGGUAAAGUGAAGGUGAAAGGAAGAGAAGGUGGAGAUGGAACUGCCAAAUCAUGCCAAACAACUGCUACUGCAGCUGAACCAGCAACGAGCCAAAGGUUUCCUCUGUGAUGUGAUCAUUGUGGUAGAAAAUGCCCUGUUUCGUGCCCAUAAGAACAUCCUGGCAGCCAGCAGCAUGUAUUUCAAAUCCCUUGUCCUGCAUGACAACCUGAUUAACUUAGACACGGACAUGGUGAACCCCACCGUGUUCCGUCAGAUCUUGGACUUUAUUUAUACUGGUAAGCUCUUAACGACUGACCAGCCCGGUGAACAGAACUUUAAUGCUCUCCUCACCGCAGCAAGCUACCUCCAACUGCACGACCUGGCAGCUCUCUGCAGAAAGAAGCUGAAGCGGAACAGCAAGUCCUUUGCUGGCAAGGCCGGUGGCCUUGGGGUCGGGAGAUCUGCCAGGAGUCAGAGACUUUCCACCGCUUCGGUCAUCCAAGCUCGCUAUUCAGGGUCAAAUGAGGGGAUGAAGGGCUCGCACUCAAAGGAGCUGUCAAAGGGAAAGCUCUCCGAUGACGAGGUCUUCAUCAGCAGCUCCAACCAAGAGAACUGUCACUCCUUAAGCAGGGGAGCCAGUAAGAACGGCGGUGGGGGCGGCAGUGCAAACGGGAGCACCGGCGACCAGGAGCUAGGCCUCGAUCUGUCCAAAAAAAGCCCGUCGCUUCCUGUUGCAGCCUCCCAUGAUGACACGCAGCACAGCGAAAGCCAGCAUGGCUCUCCCCAAUCUGCCUCAGCCCCCGCAGCCAACAGUGCCUCAUCGUUCGACGAGUCCGGAGUCGGAGCCCCUCACAGCAUGGCGGACAGCAGUGACCCCAUGGAGAUGGAUCUGAGCGAGGAGUGCCACCACUCGCUGACGGAGAGCAGCCAGCGCAAGGGCCUCCGGCACUCGUCCCGCAAGAAGGAGUGGAUCAAGAAAGACAGCGCCUUUGACCGAAAGGAGGGGAGCAAAGACAGGGACGAGGGCGAAGGGCUGCCCAACGGUAUCCUUCUGGGGCCCUUGUCCAAAUCUGUGGAGCGGAGCUUGGCCGGAGCCUAUGGCGCAGACCUGCCCUACGCAUGUAAGGAGGAGGUGGAAAACGGGAAGGAGAACAGCGAUGACAGCGGCCAGAGCGAGAGCGAGAGCGGCGGGCACACCAGUGCCAACUACGUCUACCGGCAGGAGGGGUUUGAGCCAGUGGCCUACGGCGACAACCUGUACGUCUGCAUCCCCUGUGGCAAAGGCUUCCCCAGCUCCGAGCAGCUGAAUGCCCAUGUGGAAACGCACACCGAGGAAGACCUUUACAUCAAGGAGGAAGGCACGUACGGCAGCAAGGAUGAAGCUGAGGAUUUGUCCAACCCCAACCAGUCCUACGCCGCGGAGUCCCGGCCCUUCAAGUGUUCGGUGUGUGAGAAGAGCUACAAGGAUCCAGCUACGCUGCGGCAGCAUGAGAAGACUCACUGGCUGACACGGCCCUUCCCUUGCAACAUCUGCGGCAAGAUGUUCACGCAGCGGGGCACCAUGACACGGCACAUGCGCAGCCACUUGGGGCUCAAGCCCUUUGCUUGCGAGGAAUGCGGGAUGCGCUUUACCCGGCAGUACCGACUGACAGAGCAUAUGCGUGUCCACUCAGGAGAAAAACCUUACGAAUGUCAACUGUGUGGUGGGAAAUUCACCCAGCAGCGCAAUCUGAUCAGCCACCUGCGAAUGCAUACCUCUCCCACAUAAGCCAAAGACUCCAGAAUGAGCUUCGAGCCCAUCCGCAGUGAUUUACCUUUCUGUAGACUUGCUGCUUAAAAAAAAAGAAAAAAGAAAAAAGAAAAAAAAAAAACAAAAAAGGGGGCAGCUCCCCACACUCUGUUCAGUCAUGGGAGGCCUAAACAAAUGUAGCUUUAACAUUUAAAAAAAAAAAAAGUUCCUUUUUUCCCUUUUUUUAAAAAAAGAAAGGUCCACAGCCAAGCUGAUGCAUUUAGUCCAACUCUCCCUCCAAAUCUUGGUGAUCUGGCAAGAAAUGCCACUUCUUUUUGAGCAUGUUGACUUCUUUGCCAUAUUGAUUACCUGCAGUGGGAAGGAGGACUGUGGGGGAACUUUUGACCUCCGCUGGCUGCCUCUUCCCUGCCUCGUUCCUUUGUGUUGCUGUUACCCUACUCACGUCCUCUUUUAACAUCCAACUCAGUAGGGGCAUUUCUUGCCAUUAAAGAAAGAAAGUACAUCUUUUCAGCGGCCUGAGCAGCUGUGAAUAACACAGCAUUGCCCUCACAGGCACGGCAGCUGUGUCUGUGGACCAUCUCACAGGGUCGGCAGCCCCUUCGGAUACGGUGGGAAAGCCACAGCAGUGGUGGGACCCACCAGCCGUCCCCAUGGGCUGCCCGUGGUGGGGAGAGCAGCCUACUGAGGCAUGCACUGCCAGGGUGCUUCACUUCAAGAAAUGGUGAUGCUUCCCUCGCCGUCCCUCCCUCUUUUCGUUUUGAUCUUUAUCCCUGGCACGCAUAACCACAUGCCACCUUUUCCCACAAAACACACAAACCUCUUCUGCCUUACCCAUGACUGAACAGGGACUGGAUGCCCUGGGAAUUUCCUUCAGUGAGCAGGGGGUCGUCUUUACUUUUCUAGUAGUUUCGUAUGAAUAUUCUUUGCUUAGAGGUACUUGUUUUAUUAAAGGAAAAACCAUUGUAACGUUUA